AUGGACUCUUUGCAAUCCCUUUUUUGGACGAUGGUUCUCAUCUUCGCUUGCCUCUACGCGGUGGCGGUAGUGCUCACUCAGUUGGUCUCGGACCACAAGAUAGCCAUUGGAAGAGAAGGCAUGGAAGCUGAACAUGAAGAGCCUUUGUUGGAGUUCUUCGGAUCAUUGGACACGACGAUGAUCUCUCUCUACAUGGUGAUUUCAGAGGGCAUUCACUGGCGAGAAUUGAUGGACCCCUUGGUGGAGAACAUGGGCGGCUGGGUUCGCAUCGUCUUCGUGACUUUCACAGGAUUCGAGCUCUUUGCCAUGAUGAAUAUCAUCACCGCCUGUUUCGUGGAUAGUGCCAUGAUGAUCGCCGCGAAUGCCGAGAAGCAGGAAUGCCUGGAAUCCUUGUGGGGCCUCUUAGAUGCUGAUGCCAACUACGAUGCUCGAACACAAAAGAAGAUCGUCACCAAGGAGCAGUUCAUUGGAAGCUACGGGGAGCCUAGUAUGACAAAGUUUUUGGAUCUCAUCAAUGCCCACACAGAGGACCCAAAGCAGGUCUUUGCCAUGAUUGAUCGUGAUGGUGACGGCGCGCUGACGGCGCCGGAGUUCCUGAUUUGUUGCGAGCGCCUGAUGGGGCCGUCCAAGGCAAGCAUGCUGGUCAAGAUCGCAAAUGAACAGCGCAUCAAAAUGGAGCAGCAGGAGCGGCAGUUGCAGAAGGUGGGCAAUGAGAUCAAGGUGAAGCAGGAUGAAAUGCUCACGAUCAUCAAGACGCUCGACCAGCAUGACGAGCGCAGUUCCCCCAUCAAUCUCUUGGGUGCCAAGAUUGAUUUUGCAGCGUUCAAACUUCAAACCUGCUGUGGCACUGGUCUGGCACCCAGGAACAGCAUCCAGCUCGCCAAAACGGGAGGCUUUGUGGUGUGUGCCGAAGUGCUCUUGCCGCGUCUCAAGCAGGCUCGCCACAAUGCCCACAUCUAUCGCUGUGAAACACACUUGGACUUCUUGCAAGCCGAUGUUAAGAACGGCUUCUCAUUGGCCAACAGGCCCAGUGGAAGUGAGGUGACUCAAUGCCCUGGGCCUGGUGUGAAGAUGGUCACCGAGGGCUUGGAUGGACGCCAGCUCGUGCGCUCGGCCAUGCACUUGGCGCCACAGGUGGCGCUCUAUCUCCCGCGAGUCACAGCUGUUGAGGAGCCGCCACCACGGUAUCGCCAUCCGCCACCGCCAUUCAUGGCGGAUGUGGACACCGAUGUGGACCGGACGUGGUACACGGAAAAGGUGACGCGCUUCCACCCAGAGAGAGGAUGGGGUUUUAUCGAGCUGAAUGGUAUGGACAUCAUGGUGCAUGUGAAUGACUGCAAGCCAGAAGACGUUGUCAUCGGCGGCACUGAUGAGAGGUGUUGCAACACCAAGGGCAAAGGCCAGGCGACACCCAUCGAAGGUGCUGGACAACACACGGGUAUUGUCAGCCUUCAACGCUAA